UUCAAUCCGGCGUGAGGCGCCUUGAAGAUGGCGGCGGAGGGUUCCGAGGGGCCGGGCAGCCCGGGCUCCGGAGCCAUGGCGGCGGCGGCGGGCGAGAGCGAGGAGGCGGCGGCAGGCCCGGAGGCCGUGGCCGUCGCCGUGGAAGAGCUGCCUUCCAAGCUGCCCAGCAGCAACGGUGCUCCGAAGCCGCCGGAGGAGGAGGAGGAAGUGGCGCCUGUGCCGGCGCCAUUGGACGAAGGCUGCAAUGGGUCCAGUGGGGAAGCCACCGCGGUUGUGGCCACUGCCACGGCCUGCCCGUUGCUGAUGCCGGAGCCCAUGAAGGAGGAGGUGUCGAUGGCGGUGCCGGAGCUGGUGACGCACCUGGCGCAGAACCCGCCGCAGGAGGACCUCUCCAUCACCUACCCGCUGGACUUUGAGCGCUACUGGCGCGCCGCCCAGGACAACCCCCUCGACUUCACCGCCUGGACGGACCUCCUCCAGUACGUCGAGCAAGAGAACCACAUCUAUGCGGCCCGGAAGGCCUUUGACAGCUUCUUCCUGCGCUACCCGUACUGCUACGGCUAUUGGAAGAAGUACGCCGACAUGGAGCGGCGCUUCGACUUCAUCAAGGAGACGGAGGAGGUCUUCCAACGCGGCCUGCAGUCCAUCCCGCUGAGCAUGGACCUCUGGAUCCAUUACAUCUCCUUCCUCCAGUCCUCCUUGGACAUGAACCACCCCGAUUCGGCCCAGAAGAUUUGCGGGAACCACAUCUAUGCGGCCCGGAAGGCCUUUGACAGCUUCUUCCUGCGCUACCCGUACUGCUACGGCUAUUGGAAGAAGUACGCCGACAUGGAGCGGCGCUUCGACUUCAUCAAGGAGACGGAGGAGGUGUGUGAUCUGUUUUCUCCUGGGUUCCAGGGUCCAGUGGAUGAGGACAAAAUCCUGGAGAUGUCCCUCUCCAUUCGGCAGCAGAUCUUCAGCCAGAACGAGGCCGAAGUCAGCAAGCGCUGGAACUUUGAGGAUGGGAUCAAGCGGCCCUACUUCCACGUCAAGCCCCUGGAGCGUGCGCAGCUGCGCAACUGGCGCGAGUACCUGGACUUUGAGAUUGCCAGCGGGUCCCACGAGCGCACCAUCGUGCUCUUUGAACGCUGCGUCAUCGCCUGCGCCCUCUACGAGGAGUUCUGGAUCAAGUACACGAGGUACCUGGAGAGUCACAGUGUGGCCGGGGCCCGCAACGUCUUCCAGCGCGCCUGCUGCUACCACCUCCCCCGGAAGCCCACCAUCCACCUCCUCUGGGCCGCCUUCGAGGAGAAGCAUGGGGAGGUGGAGGAGGCGCGGCGCAUCCUGCGCACCUUUGAGGAGUGCGUCCCGGGCCUGGCAAUGGUGCGCCUGCGGCGGGUGAGCCUGGAGCGGCGGCAGGGCAACAUGGAGGGGGCGGAGGCGCUGCUGGCGGCCGCCAUCCGGGAGAACGAGGGCCUCCCCGUCUCCUCUUUCUACUCGGUCAAGCUGGCCCGCCAGGUCCUCAAGGUCCAGAAGAACAUCGCCAAGGCCCGCAAGAUCCUCCUCGAGGCCCUCGAGAAGGACCCCGACAACGCCAAGCUGUACGCCAACCUGCUGGAGAUGGAGUUCAGUGCGGACGUGCGCCAGAACGAGGGCCACACCAUGAGCAGCUUCGACCGGGCCUUGACCAGCGGCCUCCCCCUCGAGACCAAGAUCAUCUUCUCCCAGCGACGGGUCGAGUUCCUGGAGGACUUUGGCUCCAGCAUCCACAGCUUGUUGGUGUCGUACGAUGAGCAUCAGAAGCUCCUGAAUCAACAGAUGCUGAGGAAGAGGCUCCUCGAAAACGGGAGCGCUGAGGAGUUGGACGAGAAGCGCCUGAGGCUGGAAGAGGCCGGCGGGGGCAGCCUGGCUGUGGCCACGACCGGCAUCACACCCUUAAUGGCCGCCGACGUGGCCAACAGCGCCACCGGGAGCGCCUACAACUACAACGCCUGGUACCAGAACUACAGCAACUACGGAUACCAGAACGCGUGGAACUACAACCAGUAUUACCAGCAGCAAACCUGAGAAGGACACCCCAAACAAAGGCCUCCUCCUGGGUGUUUGGCCCGCAAACAAGCAAAAAACGAAGCCGCCCAGCCGCAAAACGGACUUUGGAUGAUUCCCGAGCCCUUCGGAGGCGGGACUUCCUCUUUUGUACGCUUCCCCUUCCGCCUGUUUCACAUGUAAAUAAACCCGAAUUACAGUGUCGUUUGAGAAAUUCUGAGCUUCGGUGUCUGUUGGAAGAUGAAGGUAUUUUUUUAAAUAUUA